UAUUCGCUGUCGUCAACACACACGCGCACGCAACGACAACGACAUCGACAUCGACUGCGACAGCUGAACAGGUUUAAAUCUAUUUGUCGAGUCGAGUCUCUGAUCGUUCCCCAGGUAAAAGAAUGCGCCGUGUGUUUCAGUUAAGCGUUGGCACUGAACCGGGUAACAAUCUUUCACUCCUCCGCUCCGACUUCGUAUAAUAUACAACAAACGUAUCGCGUAAACUGUCUCUAUUAUGUAGAGCAAAUGGAAAGUGCUUAGAGUUUCCAAGUUGUUCAUUCAUGAAACUGUUUCAAGUUUUUGUACAAGUGAAACAAUUUUAAAAAAAUAUACAAACAAAAUUUGUGCCAAGAAUAAGAAUCAAAUUAAGCAAACCGUGUGAUCACAAAAUAUAUAUAACAAAUCGAAGCCAAUAAAAUGCAAAACAAAUUGAAAUCGAUAAAAGUGCGCAUGCUAAUGAUGAUUAUGCCCAAUUUAUAGUGCGCUAAUUGAACGUGAAAUUGCCAUAAAAAUAUUUAGCUAGGGAUAUAGCAUACUAAAUAUACGCAACAAUUGACAAGCGAAUCAAGCUAAAUAAAUACCAUUGUGACUGACAACAACUACUACAUACGCACAACAACAGCAAUAACAACAAUAAGUGAACAACUUAGCCAUGGAUUUAAGUUAUAUAUUUAUCGUCUGCCUUUUGGCGCUAUGCAGCGCCGACGCCGAAAGCAAACAAAAAUCGGGCAGAGGCCGAGGCUCAAUGUGGUGGGGAAUUGCCAAGGUCGGCGAACCGAACAAUAUUUCACCCAUUAGCACUGGCAUCAUGUAUAUGGAUCCCGCUAUACAUUCUACAUUACGUCGCAAACAGCGUCGUCUGGUUCGGGACAAUCCCGGCGUGCUUGGUGCUCUGGUCAAGGGAGCCAACAUGGCCAUUAGCGAGUGCCAACAUCAGUUUCGCAAUCGUCGCUGGAAUUGCUCGACGCGCAAUUUUCUGCGUGGCAAAAAUCUAUUUGGCAAAAUCGUUGAUCGAGGCUGCCGUGAGACAGGCUUCAUCUAUGCAAUCACGAGUGCCGCUGUGACCCAUUCGAUAGCUCGUGCCUGCAGCGAGGGCAGCAUUGAGUCCUGCACCUGCGAUUACAGCCACCAGUCGCGCUCACCACAGGCCAAUCAUCAGGCGGGCAGUGUGGCCGGAGUACGGGAUUGGGAAUGGGGCGGAUGCUCUGAUAACAUUGGCUUCGGCUUCAAGUUCUCGCGCGAAUUCGUGGACACGGGCGAACGUGGUCGCAAUCUCCGCGAGAAGAUGAAUCUUCACAACAAUGAGGCGGGCCGAGCGCACGUACAGGCGGAGAUGCGUCAAGAGUGCAAAUGCCACGGCAUGUCCGGAUCUUGUACAGUGAAAACUUGCUGGAUGCGCCUAGCCAAUUUCCGUGUCAUAGGCGACAAUCUAAAAGCGCGUUUCGAUGGCGCCACACGCGUCCAGGUCAGCAACAGUUUGCGGCAGAGCAGCAAUGCCGUUGCCGUUGUCAGUCCAAAUGCGGCCGGCUCCAAUAACGUUGUGGGUGGCAACUCUAACGGCGGCAAUGGACUGCCCGCCUCUGUCAACGGUUACGAUGAUGAGGAGCGCAUGUUGAAUGAUCAUAUGCCCGAACUUCUGCUGGAGAGCAAUCAUGCGAACAGCAAACAGCAUCAUCCCAAUAUGCCAUCGCCCAACAGUUUGCCUGUGGCAGGUGCCAGGUCGAGAGGUCAUGGACGAGGUCGCCAGGGACGCAAACAUAACAGAUAUCACUUCCAGUUGAAUCCCCACAAUCCGGAGCAUAAACCUCCAGGCCCCAAGGAUAUUGUGUACCUGGAGCCUUCGCCCAGUUUCUGCGAGAAGAAUCUGCGGCAAGGUAUUUUGGGCACACAUGGACGUCAGUGCAAUGACACCUCGCUGGGCGUCGAUGGGUGUGAUCUGAUGUGUUGUGGGCGUGGCUAUCGUACACAGGAAGUUGUCGUGGUCGAAAGAUGCGCCUGCACCUUCCAUUGGUGUUGUGAGGUCAAGUGCAAGCUGUGUCGAACCAAGAAAAUUGUACACACGUGUCUGUAAGAGCUACUCCCUCGCCUCAUCAGUUUGUAAUCGUCUCUCCCUUUUCCUGUUCCCAUCUGUGUAUGUGUUAUGUAUUGUCUACGCUUAGCCCUUGUUAUUAGAAGUUAAGAGCCUAGACUAAAGCCUAGUUAAAGUCCAUGACCCGCACUUAGCCUACAUAAAUAUAUAUCAGCCUUCACUCACCUUUUUAGCAGUAUUAUACACAUAUAUAAUAAACAUAUACACAUAUACAAAUUCGUAUAUAAAUAGCAAGGACACGAGUUCACAGCCACGACUUCGUUUUGCCCAGUUUUUAGUUCUAUAUAUUCAGCAAAUUUUUGUAAAUUACGUUGCUGUUCUAUAAGUCCAUUACAAGUACUUAAUUGUAGAGUUAGUUUAGUUUUAGGUUUUAAAAUAUCAAACGCGCGUUUAAGCCUCCCCUUUUCCGUUCCCGCCCCCUCGAAAAACAAAACGAAUAACAUUGUACGAAAUCAUUGAAAACAAGACUGAAAUUCAAUUACGCGCAGCCCUCUCUUUCUCUUUCUCUAUCUCUCUCGCUCUUUAUCUAUCUGUCCCUCUCUUCCUGUCUAACAGCAACAAUAGCAACUUUGCAACUCUCUAGUUAUUAUUGUUGUUGUUUAGUUAGCAGCGACUUUGACGCUGGCAGCGCUGCUUGCGUUUCGCUUUGCUUCAAGCUGCAAAGCAAAUGUUAAGCAUACGCCGUGUGUGCCCAUUCGCAUGGAAAGCGGAACUAGUUCGACAAGUGAACUAUGAACUACACAGCACAAGCUGGUUCCAAUUCCAAUUCAAAUCGUUUUCCAUACAAAUUUUGUGUACAUAAAUAAGUUUAUGCUAGUUUAAUGAGUGUGUUUAGUGCGUAAGUUAUUCCAUAAGUAAGUACAACAAAUGCACGCUAGAUGGCGCCACACAAAAA